AUGAAGUCCCUCGCCCUGGUGUCUGCUCUGGCGGCUACGAAUGCCGUCCAUGGCAGUCUGGCUGCAUCUGUGCGACACAAGCCUCGCGCUGAAAUCGAGCCCAUCACCAUCAAAGGCAAUGCCUUCUUCCAGGGCAACAAGCGCUUCUACAUCCGCGGCCUUGACUACCAGCCCGGUGGCUCCAGCGCUAACGUCGACCCUCUCGCCGACCCAAAGAUCUGCCUUAAGGACAUCGAGAAGUUUAAGAAGCUCGGUAUCAAUGUCAUCCGCGUCUACUCGACCGACAACUCCAAGGACCAUGAUGAGUGCAUGAAUGCCCUUGCCGAUGCGGGCAUCUACGUCGUCCUUGAUGCCAACAACCCGCUGUAUUCCAUCAAUCGCAAUGAUCCCCAUGGCUCCUACAACACCCCGUACUUGCAGAGCGUCUUUGCCACCAUCGACGCCUUUGCGAAGUACCCCAACACCAUGGCCUUCUUCUCCGGUAACGAGGUCAUCCACGAUCUCAAGAAUACCACCCUGACCGCCCCUUAUGUCAAGGCGACCGAUCGCGACAUGCGUGCCUAUAUCAAGGCUCGCGGCUACCGUAAGAUUCCUGUCGGCUACUCGGCCGCCGAUGUGAGCACGAACCGCAUGCAGACCGCCCAUUACUUCAACUGCGGUAGCGAUGAGGAGCGCAGUGAUUUCUUCGCCUUCAACGACUACUCGUGGUGCACCAGUGACUUUGUCACUUCUGGUUGGAACAAGAAGGUCGAGGCCUUCAAGGACUAUGGCAUUCCCAUCUUCCUCUCAGAAUACGGCUGCAACCACAACAAGCGCAACUUUGGCGAGCUCGAGUCCCUCAUGCAUCGCAACAUGACUUCUGUCUACUCGGGCGGCCUCAUGUACGAGUACAGCAUGGAGGAGAACAAAUACGGCAUUGUUCAGAUCAAGGGCGGUGAGAAGGGCAGCAAGGACCAGACUGGCGAGCGUAUCGAGCUUGAAGAGUUCGCUGCCUUUGCCAAUGCCCUCAAGAAGUAUCCUGCCCCGGAUGACGAUGGUGGCUACAACCCCGUGAGCAAGGCCUCCGCCUGCCCGCCUGCCGAUGACCAUUGGGAUGUGCACACUGAGAAGCUUCCGGCCAUGCCAGAGGGCGCUCGGAAGUUCCUGAAGGAGGGCGCCGGCAAGGGUCCCGGCCUGAAUGGCCCUGGCUCUCAGUGGGCUGUUGAUCAGGCCUCCAGCAGCACUCCUGGUACCUUCGAAGAUUCAGACGGCAGCAGCGAUUCCAGCGACUCGGAUGAGAGCGCUGCCGUCCGUGGCACGGUAGGAUACGCCGCUUUCGUUAUCUCCGGCGUUGCCAUGCUGCUUGGUGCUCUUGCCUGGUAA